AUGUUUCACAAUUUCCAGCCCAGCGUGGUGGGGCUCAGCGAGAUUCCGGGGAAAGGCCAUUGGUUUGAUGGAGUAGUGGAUGAUGAUAGACUCCAACGAUUCAUCCAGAGACACUUGCAAACCUCCCAAAAGCCACAGCUCCCGAAGCGAUUUAGCUUGAUGACAAUGAACCCUGCUUCGACUGGGUCGAGAGGAGGACUUCGGAUAUUGUCACUGGAAGUUGUAUUUCAAUUGUCUAGAAUUCGAGUUGAGAGGGACUAUCCAGAGCGGGGAACAUGGAAAAUAUCAACCGAAAAUGUGCGACGUUUUCGAUAUCAAGCGAUUCAUGGUAUCGCCCAGCGUCCAGACCGGUUUCUGAUCGAUGCUUCUUCACAUGCCAUAGCAGUUCCGUCUGCUGUUUAUGAAGAGGACAAAGAGCACAUUGAUUUUUGCGUCAGUUUGAUAGACGAAAAGCUGCCCGAUACGAGAUCCGUGAUAUGGAGCGUUUGCUCUGAUUCUGAUUUAUGGGAAACGGAACGAAGUACGGAGCGCGGACCGGACACAUCCGGCCCAUCGGCUCGAGUGCUGAGCAGCAGAAAAGUACUAGUCGUUUUUCCUGAAGGUGACGUGAAACUACGAGAUUUUGCCGUAUUCUACUCCAACUCUCUUUACAUUCGAGGGAUUUCCGCUCAAGUAACGACAGAUUCCAGCGUUUCCGUGGGGCAGCUGCAAUCAUCCGAUGAUGCAAACGUUGUUUUGCUCGGUGGGCCGAGCGUGAACCGAAUGGCUCGCAAAUACUACAUGGAUGGAUUGUCCGCUGAUGUGACAUUCAGCCCUAACGGUUUCUGCAUAUCUUCGCUGAAGUGUUUUCAAAGGCCCGGAACUGGCAUUGCAUUUCUUAGUGCGGGCCCGAGACGAACCUUGCUCUUCUACGUGGCUGGAACGGAUGAUGCAGGUCUGGACGCAGCUCUGACAUACCUUCCGUAUGGUCCAGCUUCUGAAGUACCAGAGUGGAUCGUUGUGAGCAAAACUUCAGGGUUUGGCUUCAAAGGCCUGGGCGGUGUACUAGGUCUCGGCUACUGGGAUUACAAAUGGAAGUUGGAAGUGCGUAGAUCUUACCCCGCUGAAUUCCUGUUUGAUGUGAAGAAAUCCGGCGUCACGUGCACCUCGCGGCGAAGGACCAAUCCGUUGCAUAGCCUGCCGGUGCUUACGAUUGCUCUGAUCAUUGUCGGUGUUGUUUUGGGUAUAGCGUUCUCCCUUCGGAGAAAGCUCAGAUUCGGACACCACUACAAGCAUCUACCAAACGCACUGGUCCAGGUAGGACAGAACACAGGCUCUGGUGUAGAUCGGUCUCAGGGGAAUUGA